CUCUCUCUCUCCCUUGCUCCCUAACGACAGCUCUCGCUCAGUGUCACUCACUGAAAGACAGGGAGAUGAAAGUGAAGGGAAAGCAGCAGAGGCACGCAGUUCGGGUAUCCUGGAAGUGCUUCAGGAAGGCGUUCCUCGGACUUUCUCAUCAGAAUUGGCAUCGGGACUGAACUCAAACCCGUCAGAAACUCCCAAGAAUUCCUUCUCCUCUUUGACUGAGGCUGCGAGGUUCUGGCGCACAAGCGGGACAACAGUGGGCUCUUGGAUCUGAGGCGGCCCCGUCAUUUCGGACCGGAGGGACAAUCGCUGCGCCCGAGGCAAUUGCAGGUUACGGUGGAGUGAGAACACCCAGAGGUGGUUCAGAAAUUGGGACUUGGGUGUGUGAGCUAUGUGCUUCUGUGGUGGACAAGUGAGGCAGAGCAUCCGCAGACAUUCAGAUGGAUACACAGAGUCUGUGAGGUGGUUGCUGACUGCGCCGUGAGAAGACGAGGCAAGGAAGGAAUCGAGUUCUGCUUUUAUGACGACAGGAGCUCAAAGAUAUUCGUAUAAUGAGACCUAAACGACCCCGAGGUGGUCUAGUAUGAGGAAGAAGUGCACUUUUUGGAGUAAAAAAAAAAAAAAAGAAGAACUAUGACUUUUAAUAAUGCAAUUUUUUGAUUCCAUUUUUUGAAUCACAGACAGUUUUGAAGGAUCAAUGAAGGACUCCGACCAAACCAAGGACCUGGGCUGGGACUUUGACCAGUCCUGGACUUCAUUCCUAAAACCAGCGGCACGUCUCUGCCUCAACACUUUGGAUUUUUCCGACCUCUGGGACGAGGAAGACAGCGCGGAAGACGAGGGAACCGUUGCGUCCAAAGAAUCGUGCACAUGCCUCCAGGCCCCUCCGGCACCACCACCCCUUCCUCCACCCCCACCUCCUCCUCCUCCUCCUCCUCCUCUUCUGUCCCCAACUUUGCACUCGCCUUGCCCUAAAAGUCGCACCUUGAAGCUGCACUGGAGGGAGCUGCCCAACGUGGCCCCGCUCCCCAGGAUGACGCGCUUUGGAACUCAGACUAUUUGGGCCGGACUCGAACCCGUACGCUUGGAUACAAACAAACUGACGUACUUGUUUGAAUCCAAGGGCAGUGUCACCAGUUUUAACGUGGUUUCUGGGCGGCAGAAGCAGCCGUCGGUCUCAGUGUUGGGCAUGAAGCGGAGCAACAUCAUAACCAUCGCCCUGAGCAGCCUGCCCCCUCCCCGGCUCCUCCCCCCGGCCAUCUACAGCAUGGACAGCAGCGUGCUGGACAGAGAGGACGUUCAGCGUCUUCAAGCGCUAAUCCCAACAGAAGAGGAGCUUUGCCUGAUCAAGGAGGCCAAGUCCCAGAACCCCCACUCCUCUCUGGCCCAGGCUGAGCUGUGCCUGCUCACUUUGGGGGAAAUCCCACACCUGAGCACCAGGCUUCAGCUGUGGGCCUUCGCUCUGGACUACGACUCCUUGGAGAGGGAAAUUGCUGAGCCUCUCUUCCAUCUGAAGUUGGCGAUGGAACAACUGACAGCCAGCCAGACCUUUAGGUGUAUCCUAGCCACAGUGCUAGCUAUCGGAAACUUUCUCAAUGGGUGCAAGGCCCGUGGUUUUGAGCUGAGCUACCUGAGCAAGCUGUCCCAGGUGAGGGAUACGCACACUCGCCAGCCCCUGCUGCACCACGUCUGCGUGCUCCUGCUGCAGCUCUACCCACAAUCCUCUGACCUCUACUCUGACAUCACCGCUGUCACAAAAGCUGGCAAGUGUGACUACUCCCAAGUUCACUCCAGCUUUGCUCAGCUAGAGUCACUGUGCAAAGCAUCAUGGGAGCAGCUGAAGGUACUGGAGAAGUCUGAGGAAAAGAAGAAAGGAGGAAAGGGGGAUAAGAGGAAGGGCGGAGGUGAUGAGGCCGCGGCCCCGGAGGGUUCGCUCCGUUACAGACUGCCAAAGAUUCUGAAGGAGUGCGAGGAGAGACUGAAGGUCCUGAGAGCUGUCCAUCGUCGGGUAGUCAACAGGUUCCACUUGUUCCUGUUAUUCCUUGGAUACUCCAAAGCCAUGGUGAGAGACAUCAAAGCAGAGGACUUCUGUAAAACCAUCAGUAACUUUUCCCUGGAGUACAGGGCCACGCGGCAGGCCAUCCUCCUACAGAGAGAGAGGGAGCGGCAGAAAAGCGGAGCUGAAAGCUCAGGCCCUAACACACCUGUAGGCAGGAGGAAACUUCAGCAAACUCCAUCACAGGAAAAUGAUGAGCAGAGCCGGCUAGAGGAAGUGCUGAAAACACCUGAGUCCAUCUCGAGAUUUGAUUUUACUCUGCCCCGAAACCGGAGAAGGAUGGCCGACAUCCAAGGUAAAUUUUCACGUACACUGAAGUGGUGACCCUGCUGAUACCAAUUCAAAACACAUUCAGUCACUGGUGAUUGUUAUUUAUGACUAGAUGUUUGUUGCACUAUGGAGAGGCAAUGUCCCGCCCCUUACGUGGACCACUAUGGGACAUUAUGUUGGAAAAAAAAUACGUAUAGCUCAUUAGCAAGAGGUUAAUAUCAUUUUUGUCCUGCCAUCACACCAUGAAGGAUGAUUGCAAUUUGUCAGCUUGUGAACUCAUGUGACUGACUGUCGUUGAAAAUUUAUUAUUUUAGCUUGUUGCUCUCUUUCUGCUUCAGUCGGAAACUGCAGAGAUUUGUACGUAACUAGAAAGACUACUCUCGUAAAAGAUGUACGUGCAUGUGAUCCGAUAGCUAGAUUGACAGUUAGCUAGAAACUCUUUUAACAGCCGCUUCCCAUGUUCUGGAAGAGGGUUGUUUAUAUGAACUGGUAAACACAAACCCGGCAGCAAUUGUUCAAAAAAAGGUACUCUUUUAUCUUUUUAUCUACAAAAUAUUUUUUUAAUGUUCAAAAGUCAUAUUUGCAAUUCAUGAACUAUUUAAAAUGCCACUGAAAAUAACAUACAUACAGUACUUUCUUCAAAAUACAGUACCAGGUUGUCUACUUGGGGCAGGAUGCCACCUCUCUCUUGUAUAGCAAUAAUAAAUGGACAAGUGAAAUGAGUUUUCACAUGCACAUCAAAUUUGUAUCAGGUUUGAGUUGUAAAAAUGAAUUAAAAUGUUUGUCAAUAAAAUAAUAAUUUGUGA